GGGAUAAAGGGCAUCUCAGAUGGAUGCUGAGCGAGAACCUGAGUUGCGCCAGGUCUGCAUGUCUGUUCCCAGCACUCUGCAAGGCUAGAAAAGGAGGAGGAACCUGUCCAGAAUCCCUGCAGGACAGGAAAACGAGGGGACAUCUCAACAUGGAAAAACUCUGCAAUGAAAAUGAAGGAAAGCUGGAAAGCGAAGGAAAGCCAGAAAAUGAAGUGGAGCCUGAAAAUCAAGGAAAGUCAGAUGAGGAAGAAAAGCAAGAAGUGGAGGGGAAGUCAGAACACGAGGGAGAGCUCCAGAAUGAGGGACGGCCAGAAGAGGACGGACAGCCAGAAGAUGAGGGGAAGCGAGAAAAGCAGGGCAAGUCUGAAGCUGAGGGAAAACCACACGGUGAAGGCAAGCGGGAAUCCCAGGCAAAGCCAGAGAGUCAGCCGCGGGCUGCUGAAAAGUGCCCUGCUGAAGACUAUGUACCCCGGAAAGCAAAAAGAAAAACGGUCAGGGGGACGGACGAUUCCCCCAAGGACUAUCAGGACAACUUACAGGAAAGGCAUCUGGGCAGUGAAGAGAUGAUGAGAGAAUGUGCAGAUAUGUCGAGGGCUCAGGAAGAGCUAAGGAAAAGACAGAAAAUAGGUGACUUUCAUUGGAUGCAAAGAGAUGUACAGGAUCCAUUCACCCAAGGGCCCAACGGGGUGCCAGGGGAAUGA